UUCACAAGGCCAACGACGGUGGGAGAGGAAGGUUUACAACCUAUAUAUACCCUGAGACAAAGCUCCGUACUAACACUUGAUUCAAACAUGAAGUUACAGGUUUGUGUACUUCUUUUGGUGGUAGCUUCCGUCUUCGCCGACAAGGAAGUCGACGAAAAGAAGAAGGUAGAGUCGAACAACAAGAAGAGGGGUGUCUUUGGUGUUGGAUACGGACACGGAGGUUACGAUUUCUCCGAUUUCGGAUACGGAGGAGAAUACGCCCAUGGCUACGCCGCUGCUCCUGUCGUCACCAAGAGCUACGUCGCUGCUGCUCCCGUCGUCACCAAGAGCUACGUCGCUGCCGCACCCGUAGUAACUAAGAACUACCUCGCUGCCGCUCCCGUAGUCACUAAAGGCUACGUCGCCGCCGCUCCCGUAGUCACUAAGAACUACGUCGCCGCCGCUCCCGUAGUCACUAAAGGCUACGUCGCCUCUCCAGUAGCCGUCGGACACGGUUACGCUGCCGGACCAGUCUCCUUCGGACACGGUUACGGUGUCGGCUCAGUCGCCGUCGGACACGGUUACGGUGUCGGCCCAGUCGCCGUCGGACACGGUUACGCUGCCGGCCCAGUCGCUGUCGGACACGGUUACGCUGGCGGCCAUGUCGUCGGCCACGCUGCUCCUUUCGUAGGAAAGACAUACGUUACCGAAGGCGUACUCAAGGCCGUUACCUUCCACAGGGAAGUCCCAGUCCCAGUGCCCCAACCCUACCCCGUCACCGUCGAAAAGCACGUCCCAGUCCCCGUAAAGGUCCCAUACCCCGUUCCCGUCGACAGGCCCUACCCCGUCCACGUACCAAAGCCCUACCCCGUCCCGGUUGAGAAGCCCGUUCCCUACGCCGUAGACAGGCCUGUUCCCUACCCAGUCAAAGUCCCCGUCCAUGUCCCCGUCGCUCAUCCCGUACCUGUCCCCGUAGCUAAGCCCUACCCCGUGACUGUCGAAAAGCACGUCCCGGUCCCUGUAGCCCAGCCCGUAUACGUCCACAAAGAAGUCCCAGUUGUCGUCAAGGACCACGGUUACCAAGGAUACUCUUCCUACGGUGAAGGUUACGGAUACGGCUCCUACGGAGGACUCGAACAUUACCACCACUAAGCGACCUCCAAUCUCGGUUGGAAACUACCUCUUCAGUCAAACCAAGAAAUAUCACCUGCUGUAUAUUUAUAAACAGUAACGCAUUCAACAGCAGAUAAUUUAUUCAAUUCUGAAAAUUACGUUUUGAACACAAAUACAUCAACAGCAUGAAAAUGUAAAUCAAAAAAAUGUAAUAUACACUAUAUAUUUGUGUAAAUAAUAAAUUUUUUACUUCUUUUUA